AUGUCCGACGUCCCACCUACUGAACCCGUUCCACAGCCAGAGGAACAGCAUGCUCCAGCACCACAACAGUCUCCUCAGCAACCUCAGUUCCAACAAGGACCUCCGAAUUACUACCAAUUUCCACCUCAAGGUUACUACCCACCACAAGGCUUUCCAAACUACCCACC